AUGAACGACGUCAAACCCAGCAAUACCACUGGUGCCCAGGAGGUCUUCCAAACCAUCUAUAACGGACGGAAAAGCUGGAAGACAUUGCGAGGGGGAGAGAUGGUUUGGCCUGCAGAGCUCGAGGCCGCUUUAAUCGAAGGCCUGGAGCAAUACCAACCAGAUGAUUCGAGGGAGACGCGACUCCUAGGUCGUUUCCCUAUGCGCAACCGCUUCAUAUCUGAAUACAUCUUCCGGAAGACCGGGAGACGGAGGACGGCAAAGCAAGUUGGGAGUCGCCUUCAACAACUCAGAGAGACUUGCACAGGGAAGCGUCUCAUGGAUCUCCUGUCUCCGUGUCGUCGACCAGUCUCUUCCUCAUUGAUUCGCUCUCAGUACGGCUCACAGCACGGCCUCUCCUCGCUUAAUUGCGACUCGGCUUCGUCGAGUGGAAGCGCGAGCGUGCCAAUUACACCUACAGACGAAGUAGCUUCUUUUGGGUUCCCGUCCCACGAGAAGCAUAGCGGUCGACACACUUAUUGCAUCGACAUCCUUCCCGACGAUGCUGCCACCCACAGGCACGGCUCCGCCACUACAUCCACUUCCGCCAUCACGGACAAUGCUAGACGGAUCUCCGAUGAACCCAGACCCAUCCGCGCCAUCGACCCUACACUCGCGUUCCUCUCUCGUUCUCCGAUUGCAGCGAACUCGAACUUUACAGUUCUAGCAGACGGGGUCGUUGUCUUUUCGGAGAUGACAACCCUUACAUUACGCGAUACGCCGCCUGCAGAAGCCGCACCCGGUACCGAUGGUGCUCUACUCUAUACCACUCCGCUAGUGCCAGGCUACUGGAAGACAAUAUCCGAGAGCUCCGAUCCCACGAAGUACACUAUCUGCCAGGAUAUAGUGGAAACCCCCCACCCUUCUGGAACAUUGUAUUCGGCAAUAUACAAAUUCAGCUACCCCGCUGGAUAUUCAGCGAGCGAUCCCCAGCUACUCUCCGAUCCGCGCUUUGGAGGAUUCCCUUUCGAUAAUAUGCCAACCGAAUGCUUCGGUACCGACGACUCGACGGAAAUGAUGGAGUAUAGCAAGUGUGAGAGUCAUGUGUAUGACUUCCACUCCUUCGACGACGCUGCCUGGGGCUUCUCUACCCCCCCUCAUUCCGACAGAAGCUCAGUCGAGAAGGCCGUACCCAGUCCUCGUGAGGUCUUCGAUAAUCAUUCUACCCCUGGAUCAAGUUCGCCAACAUCUGUUUGUUUCCCAACGGACUUGUCAAAUUAUAUGAGCGAGACUUACCAAAUGCAAUUGUGA